UUACUAGUACUAGUUGGGUUGCUAACAGUCCAAGUCUUGUGUUUUUUCUAGUAAGAAAGAUAAAACUGGCCAAUGUUAGCAGGCCGGAGAUGGAAGCCGGACCGGGUAGCGAGCUGGAGGGACGGAUGAGGGAGGCGCGGGCGGACAGAGAUCGACAAGCCGCGAUGAUUUUUCCCGCUGCUCCUUCGGUUCCGCAUCCGCUUCGGCGUUCAUGUGUAUGGAAUAGCGGGGAGGAGAAGCAGUGCCGAGAAGCGCGCCGUUUGGGGCCGUGGGCUCGAUUUUUUUUGUUUCGCCAGAAUCUGUCAAGAAUCCGUUCCAAAAAUGUUGGCUGUUGGCACGGUGUGAACUGCACGCCGCACGUCCCCCGCCUGGCCAAAUCUUGCUGCGGCCGGGACGCGCGCGGGAGGCGGGACCGGGACGGGACUACCUCCGCAAACGCACACACAGUCACGGAGGUCGUCAGCACCCAACACCACCCCCACGCAGUCCCGACUCCGGUUCCGCCGCCACCGACCACCGCUGCCGCUGGUUACGAGCGCCGCCACUGCUUGCGCCAAUCCAGAUAAUAGGUGUGAAGUCUUAUCCAGGUUCAGCGAGAUCAGAUUGCAUUUCCAGCAGAAACAAGUAGUUACUUUCAUAUUGGCUUGAAGAAGACACUACUGCUGCAACCAUGAGCACCAUGAAGUUUUGCCGUGAGUGCAACAACAUCCUGUACCCCAAGGAGGAGAGAGACAGGCGCACCCUAUUCUUCGCAUGUCGCAACUGUGAGCACCAGGAGGUCUCUGACAAUAACUGCGUCUAUCGGAACGAGGUGCACCACACUGCUGGGGAGCGAACGCAGGUCUUGCAGGAUGUAGCUUCUGACCCCACUCUUCCCAGAACCAAGACUGUUCGCUGUAGUGCUUGUGGGCAUGGAGAGGCUGUUUUCUUCCAGGCCACAGCAAGAGGGGAGGAGGGGAUGACCCUGUUCUUUGUGUGCUGCAGCCCAGAUUGUGGUAAUCGGUGGAGGGAAUGAUGCGAUGAAAUUUUGGCUCUAAUAGUUCCAUCAUAACUUGAAACUGAACUUGUUUUGUGAUUUUCUUGGAACUAUGUAUUUCAACGUCGUGUUUUAUGUUAGGAAUAAUGAGAGAAUGUUUUUCCAAUAUUUUCCUUGUUCUAUAUGUGAUAUGUCAUAUGUAGCUCCACUACAUAGUCGCAUA